AUGGCCGCUGCUCUGCGCGGCCUGAGUGAUCUCACAGAUACACCUCCCUAUGCGCGCAGCGUCACCUCUACGGCGCCCAACUCGCCACGCAUUCCCCCUGUACGACAGAAUUCCGGCAGCCAGACCCCUCGAGUGCGCCCCCAUGCCACAACGCUCAACAUCCCGGGAAUGACCCGUUCGAGGGUCUCCCCCGACGGAAGAAUCCCCCGCCGCGAUGUCGCUGCCAAGCUGGUCAUUGUCAUGGUUGGUUUGCCUGCGCGAGGAAAGUCGUACAUCACGAAGAAGCUCCAACGGUACCUGUCAUGGCAACAACAUGACUCGCGCAUCUUCAACGUCGGCAACAGAAGGCGUGUUGCUGCUGGCCGCAAGGUCCCUGUCCAUCCUAAUCUGUUGCCAGAGCCCGGCCAUCUCGACCCUCCAGUUCAGGCUGCUGCUAUUCUCUUGAAUGGCGUGCCCGCGCCUCAGCUUGCGAUGCCCCUAGAGGAUAGUGAGCCUGACGUUCUUGACCUCAAUGAUGGCGAAGGCAAGGAGAAGGAUGAAAUUGAUCAGUCUGCUCAAUUUUUCGAUCCCAAGAAUACAACAGCUGCCGCGAUGCGAGAGCAAGUUGCCAUGGAGACAUUGGACGAGCUACUGGAUUACCUUUUGGUUAGUGGUGGUGCCGUCGGUAUUCUUGACGCCACCAACAGCACCGUGGAGCGACGCCAAAACAUCGUCAACCGCAUCCGGCAGCGAGAACCUAAGCUAGGAAUUCUCUUCAUCGAGAGUAUUUGUCGCGACCCUCAGGUUCUCGAGGCCAAUAUGCGACUAAAGCUAUCGGGUCCCGACUACAGGGACAAGGAUCCUCAGCAGUCUCUUGAGGACUUCAAGAAGCGAGUCGCUGCCUACGAAAGCGCCUACGUUACUCUCGGAGACUAUGAGGAGCAGCAUGAUAUGCAGUACAUCCAGAUGAUUGAUGUUGGUAGAAAGUUGGUACAGUACCGGCUCAAGGGCUUCUUGAGCAACGGUAUCAGCCACUACCUUGCAAGCUUCAACCUUGCACCCCGUCAGAUUUGGAUCACCCGGCACGGCCAGAGCGUCGACAACGAACUGGGAAAGCUGGGUGGCGACUCACCUCUAACUGAGGUCGGCCACUACUACGGCCUCGCCCUUCACAGAUUCAUCACGCACAAGCGUAAGCAAUGGCUUAUGGAACAGACCAGUAAGAUGGCCCAGGCUUCCUUCCCACCUCUACCGGGCGACAAUACGCCCCCUUAUCCCGAGUUGAACCGGGAUUGGGAUAACAAAAACUUUUGCAUUUGGACAUCGAUGCUUUCGCGAAGCGUGGACACGGCCGAAUACUUCGAGGCCGAUGAUGAUUACGACGUCAAGAACUGGGAGAUGCUCAACGAACUGAAUGCGGGCCAAUUCGAAGGCAUGACUUAUGCCGAGAUUGCCAAGAGCCACCCUGAUGAAUACCAGAAGCGAGCGAAGGACAAGCUCAACUACAUCUAUCCGGGGGUAGGUGGCGAGGGCUACCUUCAGGUUAUCAGCCGCCUGCGCGAUAUGGUUCGAGAGGUUGAGCGAAUCGAGGAUCAUGUUAUGAUCAUUGGACAUCGCUCCGUCUGCAGAGUCUUGAUGGCUUACUUUAUGGAUCUCUCGCUCGCGGAUAUUACUGACAUGGAUGUCCCCCUGGGUAUGCUUUAUGCGAUUGAGCCCAAGCCAUACGGCAUCGCCUUCCACGCCUACAAGUACGACGAGGCACAAGGAUGGUUCAAUGAGAUGCCCAACUACCGACCACAGAAGGCUGCUCGUCACAGCAUCUAG